AUAUCGAUGUAUGCAUUUGGAGAAUACUCCAUGAAAUGGGUUUGUUUGGUGGCUUUAAGGCGAAAUUCACAAAAACUGCCAAGAAAGAGAAAUCUGAUGGAAUAGUUAUUCUGAAAUAUCAAGUGCAUUCGGAAUUCGACUCUGAUUACGCACAUCCACCGUCUUCGAAUGGCAUAAAAAAACCAGCAGUGGUAGUACGCCAUCGCUCCAACCCAAGAAGACCAACUGUAAUUUCUGCCAAUUACAAUGAUACCAACAUCACAACUGCAAUCGAUAAACAAAAAAGUUCCUCGCUGCAUAACCUACACGCAGAUUUUGAACUGGUCAGAAUCCCACGACAACCCAACCCAAAUAUCAAUAUUGAAGAACGGAUUCACAACAAUUCACUACCAUUGAACUCGUUUCAACCACUCUCAGAAACUAGUUACAUUGCUAACCUAGUUCCAGAGGCUACUGAGACUGGAAGCAUACCGAAAUCAACUGGAGGAAACGCAAAACAAACAUGGAAAGUAGAAGAAUCAGUGAAACUCAAUGACAGCUCCAUCUACGGCCCAGAAUCUUAUUACGAACCUUCUGGCAAUAGAAUAGCCCUAGCUCAAAGUCACACGAACCAAGAUGACUAUCACAUGUCACGUCCAUUGACUAGUACUUCUUUCAAACCACUUCCAGAGCCUAUUAACAUCGCUGAACUAGUUCCAGAGGCUACUAAGACUAAAAGCAUACCGAAAUCAACUGGAGAAGACGCAAAACAAAUACGGAAAGUAGACGAAUCAGUGAAACUCUAUGAUAGCUCCAUCUACAGCCCAGAAUCUUACUAUCAACCUUCUGGCUAUAGUACGUCCCUAACUCAAAGUCACACGAACCAAGAUGACUAUCAAAAGUCACGUCCAUUGACUAGUACUUCUUUUAAACCACUUCCAGAGCCUAGUAAAAUCGCUGAACUAGUCCCAGAGACUACUAAGACUGAAAUCAUACCGAAGUCAACUAGAGAAAACGCGGAAGAAGAAUGGAUAGGAGUGGGCCUUACUAAUAGCUCUAUCUACAGACCAAAAACCAACUACCAACCUUCUGACAACAGUAGAUCCCUACCUCCAAGUCACACGAGCCAAGAUGUCCCAACAACCAAUCAAGAGUAUGAACCAUCAACAUUAAUCUCCAUGACCCAGCACAGUCCAGAUUUACAAGAAUACAACGUGAGCAGCAUGAAUACGAUAGCUGCCGCUACUCAAACGACAGAAAUCGAUGAAGACCGAGAUGAAGAAGGAGAAGAAUUCAAGGUGCACAUUGUCCAGCACAAUUCAGCGGCAGACAAUCACACUUCUGAGGACGAGACGUCUUAUCAAGAAGACGAACUGUCGGAAUAUGUUUCGUUGGGGUACAGCAGCCAGGCAGCUAGCAUUUUUUUCGGUAAUGACGUGUUGCCUACUUUUACGACCUCGAGGCGAGUCAGAAUAAUGUAUAGCGAUAGUGAAGACGAAGAGCAGGAUGGUGAAGCGGAUUGUUGAGAUUUUGACGAUAUUUUGUACUAAAAUAUUUAAUUUUUUGAAAUAUAAUUUACUAGAUAGCAGAGUUUCUUCAGUACAAUGGGAUGUUUUUAUCAAGAACAAAAUCUACGAAAAAUUAUACAGUGUGACCCACUUUGAUAACAUUUUCAUC